AUGUCUAGUGGUCCAGCAAAUCAAACUCGCGUUGUCUGCCAAACUGAUAUCGCUUCCUUCGUCGUCAUUGGUGCAAGCGAAAAUAUUAUUAAAAGUUGGCGCACCGACAAGACGAUCCCUUUGACUGAGGUCGUUGAUUCUUUCCAAGUUUUCACCUUGACCAAGGGCAGUGAAGGCGAACUCUUUAAGGCCUCGAAGCAACAACUUGAAAACGCCUUUGGUACUAGCAAGGACGUUGAUGUUUGUGCCAAGAUCCUUAGCGAAGGUAAAAUUAGUCCCCACCGCCAACACACUGGCAACAAGGAAGUAUAA